AUGUCAACUGCAUUAGCACGCCAAUUGCAAGGAUUAAAGUCCUCCCAAAAGGACGCUCCAGUAAUAUCAUCUAAGGCAAGAGUAUCCUUCUUAUUCGACUUCAAGGAGGCUUAUAAAGUAGAUGAGGAGGUUAUCUACACUCUCUGCAUUAAAGGACUUGAUGAGCUAUCCACUGAUUUCCCACAAGUAAAGAACCAACUAGAUCAAUACAGAGAAGAUAUAUUCGAUGAAACUUCAAAAGACUUUUACAGGGGAGGCCAGAAUAAAGAAACACUCGAAUUGAUAGACACUAAGAUCAGCCAUAUUAUUACGAUAUUGUCACCAUACUUCUUAAAGAACCCGACUUACAAGAUUCUCGAGUUUUUGAUUAGGAUUUAUGAAGUUCAUGCUCACCAUAAGCUUCACUUAUUCUUCUCAUUCCUCCCUUUCUACGACACUCCGCAAUUUCUCAGACUUCUUAAAUGAAUGGAGCUUAAAAACGAUUACAUGCUGUCAUUUUUCCAACCAUUUGUCUCUAAAGGAGUGAUCUUAAGACAAGAGGCCCUUGUUAAGUUUAUGGCAAGGGAGAAUGGAGCAUACCUCAAGAAUUUCUCAGAUAUUACUUUCAAGUUCCUAACUCUUCAAGAUGAGCAAUCACUCUACUUGACCAGUGCAGAGAAUGAACAGGCAGGAGUUCUCACAUCUCAUCUUGCAGAUCUUUCUAUCAAAGACUCUACAGAACACAUCCCUCAUUUCAGAUUCUGGGGAACUCUAGUAUUCAAGAUCAUUACUAAUGAACAAGCUAGCAGGUCUGACUCUUUCCUAUAUGUUCUUAUUCCUUACAUUGCCAAGGCUUUAGAUAGCAAGAUCAAAGAGCUUCAAAUAGGUGCUCUGACUGCUAUUUUAGGAAGCCUAGAUGUCUCCAUGGUUGAGAAAAAGAUCCCCUUCUCUGAACAAUACAUGAAUGCUUUCCUUACAGAAAUCUGCAAGUCAGCUUCAUACUCAAUCAACUCCAGUGAUGAUGUUGAUUACUACAACUUGUGCUGCAAAACUUGCUUAAGAAUCCUUGAUGCACAACAAAUAAUUGAGAGACUCAAUGAAAGAUUAAGCAUGUAUAGCUACAAUUCAAACACUUCAAAAUACCAAAUCGAUCAGACAAAUGAAGAUAUAAACCAAGAAGAAUUAAGCUCUUAUAAAUGGAUCGGAGACCUACUCACUCAUCAAAUUGAAUUCAUCACUUUCCUGAGAAACAACUCUGAAUCAGACCUCUCACCUUUGUUGUACAAAUGCAUGGAGUUCUAUACUAGAAAUGGACAAGAAGGAGAAGAGAGCUCAAGAAAUAUGAUCAAAAUUCUUGCUACUCUGAACCCCAACCAGCAAGAGUACAAGAUAGUAAUGUCAUAUCUCUUUGCAAUCAUUGCAGAUCACCUUCCUGAAUGUAAAGGAGAGAAGCAGGCUAAAUUUUCAGUGCUGAUUCUCGACUAUCUUGAAAACAAGGAUAGCUUUACCUAUGUCCAGGUUCUAAAUCAACUUUUACAAGGAAGAAGUGAAAAACACAAGAUUCUUGAGAAAAUUGAAGAUAUUGAACUCGAGCAACUUGGAAAAUUCAAGAAAAAGGUCGUGUCUAUUGAAACAGGGUCUUCUAAAAAAGAAUCUAUCCCAGUUUUACUUGCUUUGUAUCACAGAAAAGAUCAAGUUAAGAAGGCAGCUUUGUUGCAACUGUACCAACAAUGGGUUCAACAAAAUGAUAUAUAUGAAGGCAAAGAUUCGAGAAUGAUCAUCUCAAUGUUGAUCCAGUUCAUCGAAGAUAGACAAUCUCAAGAUAUCCUGAUUGUGACCUUCUCUAUCCUGGAAAAGUUGCUUGAAAAUGAAAAGCUGUCCUCUCAAUUGAUUAAACAGUUAUACAACACCUUGUCCUCACAUUUUAUUCCAAAAGAGUUUUUGCUAGAUAGGCAGUACUCAUUGGACACUUAUAUGAGAGGAGUAAAUCUAUUCAUGCAGUUACAGAACCCUGAAUUUGAAAACCUUCAAAUCAUCAUCUAUGUCCUUUGCAAUCUUUAUGAGGACUCAAGAAAGUUACUUGUUGACUCUAGAUUUAAGAAAUAUGUAACAAAAGAUCAAGAUAUUAAAGAUGACAGUAUCAGUCUUAAUCAAGGACUUGAACUCCUUAAAAUUCUUAUCACUAGACCUGACAUUUCAAAUCUAUUGGAAGGGAAAAUCUGGACUACCUUUGAAGCCUUCUUUAACAACAUUCUUAAAAAGGCUCAAACUGACCCAUUCCUUAGUUGCUUGUCCUUACUAGACACUCUCAAGAGUAAUAAGCUCAGAUAUAACCCAGAAAAGGUGAAGAAUAUUGUGUCCUUGUUCUUGGGCAAGCUGCCAUCUCUGAGCAAUACAGACAGAAAGGUCAAAGAGAGACUGAGUGUUAGCGAUGUAUUGACCCAAUCAAUGAAAGUAAACUCUCAGUUGAUCCCUACGAUCUUUGAAACUAUCUGCAUCAAGCAUCUCAAUUGUGACUUACUCUCCAUAAUUGACUAUUUCACUGUGCUGUACCAUGAAAGUAAGGAAAGCCAUGAAAUCAGGGUUUCAUCCCUCGCUUUCGUCAAACGGGUCCUUGAUCAUUCUUCUGACCUGAAUCAGAGAACUGCUAUAUUGGAGAACUAUUUUCCUACAUUCUUGGUAGCUCUCAGUGAUGAAAACUCUGAUUGCAGAAGAAUUUCUCUAAGCAUCAUGAAAAUCUACGAAAAUUAUGAAAGUUUCUCUAAAGUGCUUAAAAAGGAUCCCAAAAAUCCAACCUCGAUAUUCUCUUUCUUGGUGAAUAAAAGUAAGACUUUCUCUAUUAAGAAAGGAAAAUCUCUCGAUAAGUUAGAAGAAUUCAUUGAAGAUGUUGCCAAUCAUCAUGAGACAGAAAUUAUGACAGAAUCAGGAUCUAUCCAAAACAUAAUAGACACAGGAAGGCUCCCAGUUCUAUUUGAUUAUCUUCUGUAUGCUAUCUCCACAUCAAGAACUCCAUUUGAGUUGGGAAGCUACAUUCAAUUCUUGAAGAACCAGAGAUUCAGCCCAAAGCAAAUGGAAGAUUUCUGUAAUGUUUUGGUAUCGAUAGAGUUCAAAUCAUCUAUUUUGUCAAAAGAAAUGACUUUCCAGUACAUGCCAAAUCUUAUUGACAUACUUUGUUUCCAAAAUACUGACCAAAAUGAGAUCCUUGACCAAGUCCAUGACAGCCUUUGUGGAAUCCUCGACCAAUACAAUAGCAAGAUCUUUGAUUUACCAAGCCAGCAUAUUCUCAAAGCAAAUAAGAAAUUGGUUGAAAUCACUACUCAAGCUGCUCAGAAACAAGACAAUCAAGAGGGAUCAGAAUUUGCUCUGCAAAAGUUAGACUCUGUUAUUGAAGUGCUUCAUAAUUGCAUUAAAAACCCAGAAUCGCCUGAUUUCUACCUUCGCUUGCAAGUAAUUACUCUCCUAGAGUCUCUUCCAGAAGCUUUUUAUCCUAUCAUCCUGACAAAGAAAGAAAAAGAAAUGACUAAAACAAUCUGUUAUGAACCAGAAAAUUUCUCAAAAAUGAGUCUUGUAUUUGAAAGCUUACAGUCAGUCUCCCUUAGCCCAUCAAAUCUACCCCAUCUGAUCUCAUUAAUCCAUAAACUUGGAGAAGUUAUCUCAGAGAUGGGAGUAAGUGCAGAUGACAGGGAAAAAUCAGAUCCCAUCCAGAUCCUUGUGGUUUUAAUCAACUUAACUCAGAGCACAAUUGAUAAUCCUAAAUAUAUCCCAGAAGUUCUGGAUGAAGAAAGCAAACAACAAGUCAACGAAUUCAUUAAGCAACUUGUUUCCCUAUUCGUCACUCUCCUAGCUGAUCUUACUGAAGUUUACCAAGAGAAUUCAAAGAUAAAAGAGCCAGAAAACAUGAUUGAUCCCGUAGAAGAAUUCUUAGCAAAAGAUUCUCUCAUGACAUCCGCACAGAAGGAAAGAGAAGAGAAAGGAAUUGAAGAUGAAGAGGAGGACUCUAAACCCCAAAAUGAUAUUAUUUUAUAUCAAGGACUCUCAAACCUACUUUUACUAAUUUCAGGGCUUCAGUCUAAAGUAGACAUCGACAGCAAAUCUUUAACCAGAAAAAUUUACACUAGCAUCUCAAGCUCAUUAGAAAUUGUCAAAGAAACCGACGGAGAGGACGGUUAUCUCAUAGAAGUCACUAAAUCAAACCUCCGUAAACUUCUGACCUUACAAAGCGCUGCUUUCACUCGUAUUGUACUUGGAUCCCUCUCCAAAUCCACUGAAAAACUCUCUCAAGAGCACAACAAAUACACAAACAAAAGCUUGGAAAUCUACCUCCACGACAUUUCCACCUACUCCGAAUCCCUCCUUUCCAAAACCUCUCUCCUCACCACAAUGAUCCAAAAAGUCCCUUCAAACUUCCAAUCCAAACUCUACAGCCUCACCAUCACUCUUCUCCUCAAACUUAUCUCCAACAACCCUAAAAUCGCCUUCCAUCCUAAAGAGACUUCUGCUAAAAUCUUCGAGAUUGAGAACGAAGAGUUCAUCCUCGCUCAAAAGAUCUUGUACAAAAUGAUGAAUCAUGAGAGUUGUAUUCCAAUCUUGACCAACACAAUCAUGGUGAUCAAUCACUUGUCAACAUUUGUCAUGUCUGAAUUGCAUCAGAAGAGUAAAGAAUUUGUGGAUAAAAAGACAGAGCAUCUCUUUGACAAAGAGUUUACCAAUCAAAUCUUGGUUGAUUCUGAAUGGUUAGAAGGAACUAUUAAGGAUCAAAGAAGUUUGACUAAGCUAAAAUACCUAUUCCUGGUUCUUCUUGAAGACAUCUUACCCCAGCAAGGCCAUACAGAAAAAUACGGAGAGGACAGACACCCAUUGGUCAGAUAUUUCCAUAACUGUGUCGAAGGAGAGAUUACUGAAGAAGUUGUACAUGAGGUGACGAAUCUUAUCCUUGCUUUUGAUUUUGGAACUACAUUGAUUGAACAUCAGCUUCACUUAAUCAGCGAUCACAAAAAGGAUAAAAAGAGCACAAUUUUGGACGAAAUGAAUGCUAAGAAAGAAAAGAAAGCUCUUAAGAAAGUGACAAAGAGCGUUGAAAGAUUAGUUGAAGGUUACAGAAAAUUCAACCAAGAUUUUGUAUCAACACUUAUUCCUUUAAAACUUUAUGUCCCUGUUGUUACAAACAUCAUUGGCUACAGUGACAAACUCAUCCUUCUCAAAACAAGAAGUAUGAACACUCUUAGCGAGGUUGUUAUGAGAGGAGUUCACAAUAUCAGCUCAGAUCUCCAUGAAGCUAUCGAAGGAGGGCAAGAAAAGACCAAAUACAUUGAUAACCAUCGUGUUGACUCCCAGCUUCACAGCCAAUUCAAGGACCUUAUCAAGAGAACUAGUGAAAUUCUUGAAACUUAUUCGAGAAAUCACAAAUCUAAGGAAAUUCAAACUUAUCUUCAAAGCAUCUUGCUCUUGUUACAGAAGAUUUUGAGUUUCAAAAAUCAGGAAGAAAUUCAGACCCUUAUUUUGCCUCAAGUGUUUGUAAUUGCUCAGCAUGGAACUAACACAAUGCUCUGUUGCUCUGCAAUAAUGUUCGUUACAUCUGCUUUUGAUCUGUACAAGGUUGAUCUUUACCAGCUCAAGGAAGAUCUCGUCAACGAAAUCCUUAUUAAUCUGAGCCUGAAGUACAUCAGAAGGGUCUUACCAGGAGGCUCAGAGGAGAAUGAUUACUAUGCCAGUUCAGUAAUUGUUAGCAUCCUAGAUUCUUACAUUAUCUUACUGAAAACAGUGUUCAACCAGUUGUUAACUCCAGAACAACUCUCUGAGAUAUUGGAAGUGUUUUUCUCCAUCCCAGAGAAUAAGGGAAUUGGAGAUUCUCCAAUUAAUUCCCAGAUUGAUCUGAUCUCAUCCUUGGUGGCUAAGCACAUCACUCCUCAGAUCUCAUUGCAUGCUCAGUUUAAUAUCUUUGAAUUUAUCUGUACAAAGCCUGAGAAGUAUAACACCACUGAGCAGAGACUCAAUGUUUAUACUUCAAGAUAUUUCAUGAGUAUUAGUAAAGUAUUCAGAAAUUUGAAGAAGGAGUUUAUUGAAGAAUAUCAUGAAGGAAUUUCCAAGUUCUUCCAUAAAGCUUUCCUUAUUCCUCAAACUUGGGAGAAGAACACUCACACAGCCUUAACAGAUGUUUCAGGUAUUCAUAAUUCAGUUUUGGGAGCUUUUAAGACAUUUAUAUUAAAACUCAACGAAGUCCAGCUUAAGCCACUGUUCACUAAAUUAGUGAAAUGGGCUUGCAAGCCUAUUGGACCUAAGAACAGUAAACCUCUUAACGACCUUGACAGGCUCUUCAUAUUCUUCAAGACUAUAAAUUGUCUUCUUGAGACUUUGAUGUCAAUCUUUCCAUCCUAUCUAUCUUACUACAUCAACAUCAUGACUGAACUUCUGGAAGAAGCUUUGGAGGAUAAUCAUUCGAACUCACUGAUAAUGUUCAUGCCCGAUUUUAACAGUCCAGAUAAUACCAGAUUGAGCUUAAUCAUGGUCAUCGAUACUCUGCUUGAGACAAUCAGACUCAAUUAUUAUUUUGACACUGAAAGUACUAUUCCUUCAGAAUACUUUGACAAGAUCAGUGCCAGUUUCCUUCAUAUUAUGGACUUCUAUAUUGCUAAAGGAGCCAUGGACAAAGAGCAAUAUAUUGCAUGGAUCAAGAAUAAAUACCAGAAAGUCAUUGUUGAUGUACUAGAUUCCUUAGAUAACCAGGAAAUCACCAAGAAUUUCCUUGAUGACCUCCUUCAAAAAUCCAAACAUAGUCUACCAAUAGUGAGACUUGCCUCUCUUAAAAUCACAGAAGCUUUGGUAUACAAGCUCGAAGAGAGAUUCCUGACCUUGCUUUCUGAUGUAUUCCCGUACAUCUCAGAGGCUCUUGAGGAUGCCAAUGAGGAUGUUGAAACCACAGCAAGAAAUAUUGUGCAAAAGAUUGAAUCAAUGACUGGGGAAAGCAUCAAAGAGUACCUCAAAUAAUUACUUUACAUUUACAUUCUACUCAA